AUGCUUGGCACCAAGAUCUUAUUGUUGAAAUCAAUUACCGCCGAGGAUGCAAACCAAAAGGAAUAUGAAAAUGUCUAUCCGCUUUAUAUACAUGGAGUGACAUUUGCCAUCUACAAUCAAUCGAUGAUGCACUUCGAGGAAUUCUUAAGGGUGAUUGGCCCUGAGGUCAAGGAUGCUGAGGAAGUCGUCGAGCUCGGCUGUGGAAUCUCGGGGCUUAUCGCCCUCGCCCUCGCCCCAUCUAUCGGCCAUUACAUAGCCACAGACCAAGAAUACGUCCAUAAAUUACUAAAAGAAAACCUCAAAGAAAACACUACAACCAAAGUCAGUGCCACAACCUUGCGGCGUAGUGAUAACCAUCACCGCCAGUCACAGCGCGGCUCCCGUAAAUCGCCAAUAACCCAAUAUUCGAAUGUAAAACACUCCGCAUCCCCAUCCCGACCUGUCCCGGCCACCAACACGGGGAACGUAACCUUCACCGCGCUGGACUGGGAGCUCGACUCACCUUCCACCCUCAAACAAGUCAUCAUGCCCUGCUCCUCACCGUCAGCCAAAGUCAUAACAACCAAAGGGGGGAAAGGAGAAGAAGAAGAAGAUCCCGGCUUCGACCUCCUCCUCUCCUGCGACUGCAUUUACAACGAUUCGCUAAUCGACCCAUUCGUGCAGACCUGUGCAGAAAUCUGUCGUCUGCGCCCUGGCUAUACGCCUACGUCUCUUUCUAAUGGCGCACCCCCACUGACGCUGCUUUCAGCCCCUCCAACUCUUUCCAUGAAAAGGAGGCCAACUAUAUGCAUUAUCGCGCAGCAACUGCGGGCGCCAGAUGUAUUUGAAUCGUGGCUAAAGGCGUCACUGGAGGAGUUUUGGGUGUGGAGGGUUUGUGAUGAAGUUCUUGAGAAGGGAGUUGGAAAAGGAGAGGAGGAAGGCUUCGGCGUGGGUUUGAAGGCUGGGUCAGGCUAUGCGGUUCAUGUGCUAGUUUUAAGGGAGUAG